CAAGCUGUCCGAUCACUGCUCGAGCCCAUCCGGUCCAGCCAGCCAGACCUCAGGCUCUCUCACUCUCUCUCUCUCUUCUCUUUGCGUCUUUAUCGGCUCCACGCCCCACCCCAACCCCUAGCUUCAGCACUGGGUGUGCCAGAGGCUCCCUACACCUCGUGUUUCCUGAUUGGCCAGUUUGGCCGAAUCGACGCCGUCAAAACUCUCCGCGACUGGUUUUCAUUGAGAAGGUGA